AUGGGUCUCAUUUCACAACUGUACAGCCUUCGUUGGCUCUUUGCGGCGAUCUUGGUAGCUGUGUACGUCGGCCACAAGAUCAGGACGUAUAAUCGACUCCGAGCGUUCAAGGGCCCGGUCCUGUGCGGCUGGACGGAGGCGUGGCAUGCCUGGGCGAUUCUGACUUUCAAGUCUCACCUGAAGUACGAUGAAGUAUGCAGGAAAUACGGGACGAUCGCUCGCGUCGGGCCGAACGACCUGAUCACAUCUUCGCCCGAGCUUCUCGUCUACAUGAGCGGCAUCCGGUCGCCGUACACGCGAACGGAGUGGUACUACCGCGCGUGCCGGCACAUGUCAGAGAACGAUCACGUCUUUAGUGAGAUGGACGAAGAGAAGCACAGGGUGCUGAGGCAACGGAUGGGAGCCGGGUAUUCUGGAAAAGAGAACCUGGCGCUAGAGGACUCGGUCGACACACACGUGUCGGAGCUGGUCCAGCUCAUCCGGUCAAAGUACAUGUCCACAGAGUUCGCGGCGCGACCCAUGGACCUGGCCAUGAAGAUGCAGUACCUCACGCUCGACGUCAUCAGCAACAUCAGCUACGGCAAGCCCUUUGGCGACCUGCGCGCCGACGAAGACAUGUUUGGCGUCGCCGAGUCAGCCGAAGUCGGCAUGACAAUCUUCACGUACAAGAUCGGCCUCGGCCUCUACAAGAUCCUGCAGAAGCCCAUCGUGGCACGCCUCCUCGGCCCCAAGGAGACGGACGCCUCGGGUUUCGGCCGCAUGUUCGCCAACGGCCGCGCCAUCAUCAAGGAGCGCCUGGCGCGCGACACGGAGAAGCGGUCCGAUAUGAUUGCGUCGUUUAUCCGGCACGGCCUCAGCGAGGACGAGAUCCUCUCCGAGACGACGCUGCAGAUGAUUGCCGGGUCCGACACCACCGCCGCGUCGCUGCGCAUCAUCAUGCUCUACCUCCUCACCCAUGCCCGCGUCUACGCGAAGCUCCAGGCCGAGAUUGACGCCUACGUCAGGGACGGGCAGGUUGGGUCUCGGCCGUCGGGCAUCGUCUCGGACACGGAGAACAGGCGGAUGCCGUACCUGCAGGCCGUUAUCAAGGAGGGCAUGCGUGUGCAUCCGCCCGUGACGAACAUGGAUCCCAAGCGGGUGCCGGACGGAGGCGACACGGUUGUCGUGAACGGCGAGUCGGUGUUCUUGCCCGGCGGGACAAACAUCAAUGCCGCGGCGUGGCUGAUGCACCUAAACAAGGAGAUUUUUGGCGAGGACGCGGACGAGUUCCGGCCUGAGCGGUGGUUGCUGGAGGAGGACGAGAGGCGGUUGGUGAAUAUGCAUCGGGUGCAUGAGCUUAUCUUUGGAUAUGGAAAGUAUCAGUGCCUCGGCCGGCCCAUUGCGAUGAUGGAGAUUGGCAAGACCAUUUUUGAGCUAAUGCGCAACUUUGACUGGUGUCUUGCGAGACCUGACACACCAUGGAAGGAAGCGAACCACGCCGGCGUCUUCACCCACAACGAUAUUAUCUCGGCAGAGAUUGAAAUCCAGGCCCCGCCGUCGGCCGUGAGAUCAGUGUUUCUGGAGUUCAGCAAAUACAAGCAGUGGAGCCAGAAGUGGACUAUCGAGCCGACUGAGCCGGGCAAGGAUCCCUCGGAGCUCAAGGAUGGCGAUAAGAUCAAGGUUGACAUGGGAGGCAUGGCGUUCAGUCCAGUCAUUGUGGAAAACACAAGUGAGACGCUCCAUUGGGUGGGGUCAGUUCCGCUCUUGUUCACUGGCAAACAUGAGUUUUGGUUCAAUCCGAGUGAGCAAAACUCCGGAGGCACCAGGUUCAUCCAGGUCGAGGAAAUUCGUGGCCUUUUAGCGUUUAUUAUGGCACCAAUAUGGGGGUUCAGGCAGAAGGUUCUUUUUGGAUGGAACCAGUUCAAUGAAGAUCUGAAGAAAGAAGUCGAGAGUCGCCCGUUCUGA